GUCGUCUGUCGCGGCAGAUUCCGUUUCCGUGAAGAUCGAAUCCGUCUCUUCCCCGAUGUGCGAAAAUACAGAUGAUCCAUCGAUGGAGCCUUUUCGAGGCACUGCAGGCACCGAUUCCCGGAUACUCGCAACAGUGCCGAGAGCGGCUCGAGAUGACUCGGCGACCUUCAGACCAGAAAUCAAAGACGGGUACCUGCUCUCAGACUCCAAAUCUUCCAGUCGAAGAGUAUUGGCCGAUUCCACAUGUAAUGUUGUCCCGUUCUCUCCACCAUCGUCACUUGGUGGUCGUAUAGUCGCCAAUGUUGGAAAACAUCGAUUCGCGGGGUGUCGACACUGUAGUACCCUGCUUCAGGCUCAUGGCAAGGUCUUUGUCCACGGGUAACAUAGGGUAUAC